AUGAGCUUCCAGCAAGGUGUUUUGUCGAGGUGCUCCAGUGUCCUUAGACACCGUACAGGGCGUACUCGCCACAUCAAUAAUAUUCUCUAUAGACAUGCCAUCGCGUUCGCAUCCACCGCUCCACGAAUACCAAAGACGCAGUUCCACACCUCUGCCAUCAGACAAAAUGAGGCGUUCAAGGACCCCUACGAUACUCUGGGUCUGAAGAAGUCUGCCACCGGUUCGGAGAUCAAAAAGGCCUAUUACAAACUGGCCAAGAAGUACCAUCCGGAUAUCAACAAGGAACCGGACGCCGAGAAGAAGUUUCACGACUUGCAAAACGCAUACGAAAUCUUGUCCGAUGACACGAAGAGACAGCAAUACGACCAAUUUGGACCCGCUGCCUUUGGUGGCGGCGGCGGUGGAGCCGCCGGAGGUCCCGGCGGCGGAUCUCCCUUCGGCUCGCAGUUCCAUGACUUCUCGGGAUUCACCAAUGCAAGCGGUGGCUCUCCCUUUGGCGGCAUCAAUUUCGAAGAUUUGUUCGGUGCUGCGUUUGGCGGCGGCGGCGGCGGCGGUGCCGGUGCUGGCCGUGGUGGCAGAUCUUCUCCGAUGUAUAGACAGUAUAGGGGCGACCCCAUCGAGAUCGUCCACAAGGUCUCGUUCAAGGACGCUGUAUUCGGGUCCAAGAACGUCCAAUUGAAGUUCUCCGCACUAGACCCUUGCGGGACGUGUUCCGGGACCGGUAUGAAGCCCAACACGCACAAGGUCACUUGUACCUCCUGCCACGGGUCAGGGUCCACGGUUCACGUCAGGGGCGGGUUCCAGAUGAUGUCCACGUGCCCCACUUGCAACGGUGAAGGUUCCAUGAAACGUCCGCAGGAUAACUGUACUUCAUGCCACGGUGAAGGUGUCCAGGCCAACAGGGGCAAGACAAUCACCGUGGACUUGCCUCAUGGGCUGCAAGACGGCGACGUCGUCCGUAUUCCCGGCCAAGGUUCGUACCCUGACAUCGCCGUGGAGGCCGAUCUUCAAGACUCCAUCAAGUUGUCAAGAGGCGAUAUCCUCGUGAGAAUCCGCGUCGACAAGGACCCCAGUUUCUCCAUAAGAAACAAGUACGACAUCUGGUACGACAAGGAAAUCCCCAUCACCACCGCCGCCCUAGGUGGCACCAUCGCCAUCCCCACCGUGGACGGACAGAAAAUCAGAAUAAAGGUCGCUCCAGGAACGCAAUACAACCAAGUGAUAUCCAUCCCGAACAUGGGUGUGCCAAGAACCUCGACCCUGCGUGGUGACAUGAAGGUCCAAUACAAGAUCGUCGUCAAGAAGCCGCAAUCUCUCGCUGAGAAAUGUCUCUGGGAGGCCCUGGCCGAUGUGACCAACGAUGACAUGGCCAAGAAAACCAUGCAGCCGGGAACCGCCACGGGAACCGCCAUCAACGAAGAGAUAUUGAAAAAGCAGAAGCAACAAGAGGAGAAACACGCGAAAAAGGAUGAUGACAACACUUUGAAAAGACUAGAAAACUUCAUCACAAACACAUUCAAAAAGAUCAAAGGCGACAAAAAAAACUAG